AGUUCAACUAUCUUCGUGAGACUCUUUUGGAACAAAAUCGUGCUGAAAGACCGAAAGUCGCUUUUUGGUUCACAGGAAUACCUAUUUGAGGCAAUCUUCAUUAGAGAGUCUGCUCUUGAUUAAUCAACUACAAUGAACACAUUGCCGGUUCUCAUCGCAGUGUGCGCAUUUGCUGUUGCGGUUUUCACCGAGGACUGCCGGUACUUGCUGCAAUGUGAAAACAUCCAGUGUGCCGCGGGACACACAGUCGAGUGCUAUCAACACCUGUGCACAUGCGCGCCCAAUAACGCCUCCUCUUGCAUCACCAUUGCUGACUGCCCCACAUGCGCCGACCACCAUCCACACUGCCUCGACAACAAGUGCAGAUGUGGUCUGCAUUCUGGAAGCAAUGGAAAUUAGGCUUUCAUGUGUGCUUUUGAACUCAAAUAAAUGAAUGAAGAAUA